GGACGGAGCAUAUAUAUACAGCGCUACGCGAGGAGAGAAGAGAGCACAAGUCAGCAGCGAGUACAGUCGUCUGAGGAACUAAUAGCAAAAACCCCUCUCAAAACUCGUCGGCCGUUUCUUCUUGUUUCAUCAACAAUAUCAAACAAAAUGGCGGAAACAAACAAGGAUGUGAGUAAGGGAAUGGAGAAUUUGAGUAUUGCUGAAUCCUCAUCAACCACUUUCAAGAAAAAGCCUGUUAUCAUCAUUGUUGUUGGAAUGGCAGGGAGUGGGAAGACUACGUUUUUGCAUCGGUUGGUGUGUGACUUACAGGGUUCGAAGAAGAGGGGGUAUGUUGUGAAUCUUGAUCCUGCGGUGAUGACUCUUCCGUUUGGGGCUAAUAUUGAUAUUAGGGAUACGGUUAAGUAUAAGGAAGUUAUGAAGCAGUAUAAUUUGGGACCGAACGGUGGCAUUCUCACUUCGCUUAACUUGUUUGCUACUAAGUUUGAUGAGGUCAUUUCCGUGAUUGAGAAGCGAGCUGAUCAACUUGACUAUGUUCUUGUUGACACCCCUGGUCAAAUUGAGAUAUUCACUUGGUCUGCCUCAGGGGCAAUAAUCACUGAAUCUUUUGCUUCGACUUUUCCUACAGUCGUCACUUACGUUGUUGAUACACCCCGUUCGGUGAACCCUAAUACCUUUAUGAGCAAUAUGCUGUAUGCUUGUAGCAUCCUUUACAAGACACGACUUCCCCUUGUACUGGCCUUCAACAAAACUGAUGUUGCACAACAUCAGUUUGCUUUGGAGUGGAUGGAAGAUUUUGAGGUAUUUCAAGCUGCAGUGGAAUCAGAUCAGUCUUACUCUUCCAAUCUGACUCGGAGCCUCUCCCUUGCUCUCGAGGAAUUCUAUAAAAAUUUGCGAACUGUUGGAUUCUCUGCAGUGAAAGGUGAUGGGGUGGAUGCAUUUUUCAAGGCAGUUGAAGCAAGUGCUGAGGAAUACAUGGAAACUUACAAGGCUGACCUUGACAAGAGGCGUGAAGAGAAGCAAAAGUUAGAAGAAGACCGCAGAAAAGAAACAAUGGACAAGCUGAGGAAAGAUAUGGAGAAAUCUGGGGGAGAAACUGUCGUAUUGAGCACAGGUUUAAAGGACAUGGACAUUAGUAGUACUAGGGACACCGCCAUGAUGGAGGAGGAAGAAGGGGAAGAGGAAGAAGAGGAUGAAGAUGGUUACAAGAGGUUUGGUGAGGACGAGGAUGUCACAGAUGAUGGUGAAGAUGACGACGAAGAUGAUGAGGUGGCCAGUUUUGCUUUGUAGAUUGGAACAAUUCUAAUAUGUUUACUUCAGAAAACCUUGGAACCACAAGGCCCACAACUAGCAAUGAACAUCCUUGGGAAUGAAUUAUUUGUCUGUUUAUAUAACUUGCAAAAACUUUGAAGGAUUCCCUAUUCGUUGUGCUAAAUUCAUGUCUCUCUUUUGCA